AUGUCUGUAGAAUUAAUUUUUGGCAUUCUUAGCAAUCGAAAAAAGUACCAUCGUUUGUUUAUUUGCUAUGCAAAACGGUUUGGAAUGAAAGAAAGGCAUCUGUUUUUGAUAACCGAUAUCGUGAGUGUCUCUUAUGAAGUUGAAAUAUUAAUGAGUUCUUCAAAAGUAAUUCCCAGUAGACAUCGAAUAGUUAGGGGUGAUAAGAGAAAUCGGAAAGAUAUAAUGGAUAUGUUCCAUGUUGCCAUUGUGACAUUACACAAGAUAGUUUCACAUUUGCAUUCAUACUCGAUGAUUGUGGCUCUAUUUGUAUGA